AGCACUGCAAACUCGAGUCACAGCUCUCCAGUUUCCCCUCAGAAGGAAGCAAGGAACAAGUGAGCAACUAACCAUGAUCAGCGCCAAGAGGAUCGCUCAGCUGGCCAAGAAGUGGCAGAGGACAGCGGCGCUCGGGAGGAAAAGGCUCACCUGGGUGGCGGCGGCGGCGAAGGGAGCCGCCGGCGAGUGCCGCGCCUCCGUGGCGGGCAAGGGCCACUGCGCGGUGUACACGGCAGACGGGGCGCGGUUCGAGGUGCCACUGGCGUACCUCGGCACGGCGGUCUUCGCGGCGCUCCUGCGGAUGUCGCAGGAGGAGUUCGGCUUCGCGGGCGGCGAUGGCAGGAUCACGCUGCCCUGCGACGCCGCGGUCAUGGAGUACGCCAUGCGUUUGCUCCGGAGAAGCGCCUCUGCCGAGGUGGAGAAGGCGUUCCUGGGCACCAUGGCGAUGCCAUGCCACUACGCAAGCCGUGUGGCGCCAUUUGUAGGAGCUUGCCAGCAGGUCGCUGUUUUCACUGCAGCUCCACUGCUCCAGUGA